AGAUGCCGCCAUUACGUUCUGCUGUCAAAUAUGUUCAAUAUCCAAUAAAAUUUGAGCUUUUUAAAAUUAACAGGAAGUCGCCCAUAAAAUACAACAGAAAACUGUUGGCAUAUAAUAAUUUAGAUUUUUCAUCGUAUAAUGGCUCAGAAUAUCAACCCACAUUAUGCGUCGUCUUCAAAUCCAGCGAAGCAGAACGAAGAUACGAUAAAAUUAAAAGAUAAUCAUGCUGUGAGUAAACGGCUGCAAAAAGAGUUGAUGGAGCUCAUGCGAUGCGCAGACAAAGGGAUUUCAGCAUUUCCCGAAUCGGAGAACCUAUUCAAAUGGAUUGGAACGAUCAGCGGCCCCCAAGACACUGUAUACGCCGGCCACAAAUACAAAUUAUCCUUGGAGUUUCCGAAUUCGUACCCGUACGCCCCACCCGUAGUGAAAUUCUUGACUCCUUGCUUCCACCCUAAUGUUGACACGUGUGGCCUAAUAUGUUUAGACAUAUUAAAGGAUAAAUGGACGGCUCUAUACGACGUACGUACUGUGUUACUCUCUAUACAGAGCUUGCUGGCAGAGCCGAACACGCAGAGUCCGUUAAAUCAGCAAGCCUCCUACCUGUGGCCCAAUCAAACGGCCUAUAAAAAAUAUUUAGAUGAAUUUUAUAGUAAACACAAAGAUUCAUAGAAUAUAUGUUCAGUCUAUUAUAUUUUGAUUUGCAUUGUAUUUUGUGUUGUGGAUGUUUGAAUUAUGUCUGUAAUGGGAUAGGAAGUUGAUGGCAGUGUUACCAAUGUAUAAUCAAAAGUACAAAUAUUUGAUGUGUUUUCUUUAAUCUCAAAUUCUCAUUGUUUGGAGGCCUUACAAAACAAAUGUCUAUUUUUACUUCAAAAUUUAUAAUGGCUCUACUAAAGUUCUGUCAAUUCUCUAUUCAGGACAUGUAUAGUGAUAUUAUUAAUAUCCUUUAAUUAUCCAUAUCUGAAAUUUUGACUCGAAAUUUAUCUUCGCUUUCUAAUACAUAGCUGUAAAGUUUCAUUAUAAUGUCUGUUAGUAUAUUGUUGUAUAGCCUGUCACUUCACAUCCCACGGUUUGGUCGUGAUGAUGGAGUAUAUAUGGGGAGAUCACUGACAAUUAUAAUUAUUUAGUGCAA